UUCCCCACACCCAACACUGCGAACGAUGCCUUCAUUUCCUACUCAUCACAACCGACUCAUGCACUGUGUGACACUGCUGAGCUACUCGCAGGCGCCCCACACAAUGACCGCAGGUGGACGUUCAAUUUUCUGGAGGAAGAUGGAUGGAUGGCGGGACCUAAUCGUCGGCUCUUAUUCUGGGUACCACCCGCUUCUCAAAAGGCAUUCAGAUAUAAUCCUCGGACUGCAUUUGUGAUACCCAGAGGUGUUGAGCUUGAUUUGAGCUGCAUGGCACAUGGGACACGCUGGCAGCACUGCCGCAAGGGGUGA